AUGGCUUUUUUGGGGAAGGCUGUACAUUUGGUCGAGGAAGUUGUUACCGGUGAAAUCUUCACCGAGAAAAGUGGAACUCCGGCUGAGGUUGAAAGAUUUUUCCGACACGGAUCUUUCUCUAAGGUUCGGGAAAAAUGCUUUGUAAAAUGGUAUGUCGACGGGAAAAACUAUUUUCAUGCAGUUUCCGAAGCCCUCAUGAAUGCAACGGAAGAGAUUUUUAUUGAGGACUGGUGGCUUUCUCCGGAAUUGUAUCUUCGAAGACCUCCGUGUAAGAACGAAGAGUAUCGUCUUGACAGGAUUCUCAAAAAGAAGGCUGAAGCAGGGGUAAAGGUUUAUGUGGUCCUUUUUAAAGAGGUGAAACAGGCCUUAACUUUGGAUUCUGAGCACUCUAAAGAAGUCUUGCAGACGUUACACCCAAAUAUUCUUGUUCAAAGACAUCCUGAUCAUGGUCUUGACGGCGGAACCUUCUUUUGGGCGCCUUCAUUGGCGGGCUGGACCUGUGCUUCGGACGUUAUGACACGGGUGCUCACCAACUCUCGGAUUUUUCCCAAAUUUCCAAACACUAUUCAAUAUGGCCUGGACAGGAUUAUUCUAACCCUAGGAUUAAGGAUUUUGUUGAUGGUCGGAAAACCUGCACUUGAUGUAGCCCGUCACUUUAUCCAGAGGUGGAACUUUGUCAAGAAAGCAAAGGCCGAAAACUUACCCGCGUACCCUGUGUUGAUUGCAAAAUCAGACGUUCAAUACGAACGUGAACGUCCCACGACAAUAAGAAGAUAUGCUUCCACAGGGAGGGUGGUUGAAGUCCAUCCGGAAAGUGGCACAUGCAGUGUUCAAAUCUUGAGAAGUAGCUCCGCGUGGAGUCACGGUCUUCCGGAAACAGAACAUUCUAUCCAAAAUGCCUACAUUCAUACGAUCCAAAAUGCCCAGCACUUUAUUUACAUCGAAAAUCAAUUCUUUAUUACUGCGACUAAAGAAUCCGACGACUAUCCUGUUAAAAAUCUUAUUGGAAAGGCAAUCGUCGAUAGAAUCAUGAAAGCUUACAGAAACGACGAAAAGUUCCGAAUUAUCGUUGCCAUGCCAUUACUGCCAGCUUUCCCUGCCGAGCUUGAUACAGCAGAAGCCGGCACAGUGCGAUUGGUCAUACAUUAUCAAUACCAAUCUAUCUGCCGCGGUGGACAUUCCAUAAUUGAAGAACUUGAAAAGGCUGGGUGCAAAGAUCCGCAUAAAUAUAUCGGUUUCUUUGCGCUUCGGAAAUAUGACAAGAUUGAUCAUAGGGCUGUUGAAAAGGGGUUGGGUGUACUCGAGGAUGAACGUAGAGCUCCAAGUUUAGUUGAAAAUGCCGAUUCCGAUCCAAUCGUAGCGGAAUCUCAAUAUUCGGUAGAUCCCACUGGCACCUAUGUUACCGAAGAACUUUAUAUCCACACCAAACUUUUGAUUGCCGAUGACAAAAUUGUAAUAAUCGGAUCUGCGAAUUUGAACGAUAGGUCGCAACUCGGUGAUCAUGACUCUGAAAUUGCCGCAAUCAUUGAAGACAAGGAAUACUUAAAUUCAAGAUUAGCUGAUAAACAGUGGGAAGCUGGAAAAUUCGCGGCCACACUUCGUCGUGCAAUCUUCAAGGAACAUCUCGGUCUAGAAAAUGAAUUUGACCAUGAACAACUGACUCCCAUCUCUCAUCCUCCACCAAUUGAUGCCGGUUAUCAUAAACCCGGCGAGGCAGAUAAAAUUGUCACUGAUCCUGCCUCUGACGAAUUCUACUAUAAUUUUUGGCUGCAUACCGCCAAGUCAAACACUGAGAUCUUCCGUAACGUUUUCCACUGUGUUCCAGAAGAUUCAGUUACCAAUUGGGAUGAAUAUAAGGCCUUUGUUCCUGAUCGUACAAAGAUUCCAAUUGGUCAUGUUUGCGAGACAGCAAGGGAAGAUAUGGAGAGGACUAAACGAGAAUUGAGUAAAAUCAAAGGUCACCUGGUUGAAUUCCCCUUGAAUUUUAUGAAGAAUAAAAAAUUGUCCGG